GUGAAACAAGAUAACAUUACAUGAGAAACGUUUUCUAAAUCUCGGUGUUUCCACAAGUUCUUGCAGACCCUUUGCUGAUGUCCUUUUUUACACAAAAUAUAUUUUAAGCUUUAAUACCACAAAUAGCACGGACUCCUGUGGUUUUCCGAGCCUCCGGACUAGGAGGGUACCAGACCCCCGGCUGAGAAGGCAUUUGGACUGUAAAUACGCGAUCUGUCAUCAGAAGGCGAAGUUCCCUUCACUUUCCAGGCUGGUGUCAAUAACGGCUACAUUUAUUUCUCAGCGAGGAUAAUUUAUUUAGAGACAGCAGUAGCUGAAGCUUACUUUUUCUGACUUUACUUUUUUUUCCCUCUCCGGAUUAGCAUGAACCAGGUGGACAACCUCGCUGCGCACCGGUCACGGUGAACGCAAUAUCGACCCUCUUUUCUGUCCGUCCAAAGCGUUUCGGGGUCUUUGGCGAUGUAGUUUUCUCUUAGUUGUCCGACUCAUGACUUUUGCUUGACUUACUUAUGGAUAAGUAACACAGCCCGCGGUGAGAGGGAGGCGCAAUCCCGUUCAUGAGGUCCCGUUAUUCGGGCAUGUUUUUAAUCAGCUGUGGGGUCUCACUCCGAGGAGAAGAAAGAGCUCUUUUCACAGUCCUCUCCAGAUAUUCUGAAAUGUUUGUUGCGUGAGUAUGCGGUUUUGACGCACACCGAUUUUUAAAAAAAUAUUUUUUUUAAAUCCCCCCUCCCUCCCCAUUCACGUCUCUAGCGAAGUUUGGUCUUGCAUUUACAGUGUGAGUAUGGUUAGCGCUUUAACGUCGCUGGACUUUAUUUGGGCACACGAAAAGUUGUCUUAGUUGGCGUGUGCUGCGGUGCGGUGUCUGGACUACCUGAAGUGCGUGUGUUCCUGCUCGAGUGGCGCACCGUGGCGCUCCAGCAGGAUGCGGCAGCGAAGCUCUCAUCCUCGAUGGUAGCCCGUGUGUCCCUCCUCGCCCACAAGCCCUUCACUAAAAGCUGGGAUGCUUUUACGGCGGACCUGGACGCUCCGUCGUAAGUGCUGCACGGGCCCCCUUCUGCUCCUGGGGAUUGCAGUGUUUCUGGUUUACCAGACCCUGGUGGUGGACCGGAGUUGGUUCAGACCUGUCCAAGCAAACAGAAGGAACAAGUCUGUGAUGAGUGAGAGGGACCACACACUGCUCCUGAAGGAUCCAGAGCAGCUUGGCUCUCUACUGGAAAUGUUGCGGGCUAAUCAUAAAGUGCGCGGGCCUAAGCGGGGCUGCGUGGAGCGAGCCAUUGUGCUGGCUGGGCAGCAUGUUCCCUCAGACACAGAGGUACAGCUGUACUGGAGGGUUCUCCAGGAGCAGGGUUACCAUGUCGAACAGGGCCGCUACGCUGAGACCAGCAACUCCUUCAGACGCGAUCUGACAGAUGGUCGUGAGUGGUCUCUGUUGAUAUGCCUAAAAGACUCUGAAAAAAGUUGCCUCCGAAAAAUCAGUGUUGCACAUCCGCAGCCUUACCAAAAGGUCAACAUCAUACCUGCAUUUGUGGGGGCUUUUUUCGACAUGGGUGGAACCUGCCGCUUUCUGAUGGACAGCCGGUUGUCAGGACUGUCAUUACCCAUAAUUCCAUCUGCCUGCGCUCCCUCCAGGCUGGAUCAGGAGGGGACUCCCCAUCGCACUGGAAACGAAGGGAGCCUACGUGCCCAAUCCAGCCCCUUAGCCAAUCAGGGCCUGGUUGCUACGGUGAAUGUGUAUGUCAUGGUUACAUCAGUGAUGCCCCUGACCGCGUUUAUCCACCAUACAGGCCUGGUUAGGACUCACCUGGAGAAAAACAGUUACCCCACCAAGCUGCUAGGGUUCUUCACUGAGCGCCUAGGCCCCACCCUCUGCCUGCCUGCUUAUGAACACAUGAAUCAAGUCAUCGAUGAUGUUCUGACAGCUGCUGUUCUUGCCACGGCUGAAUCCAGCUCACAGAGGUGCCGCCUGUGUUUUCAGAUGCUGACCUUCACUUUGCACUAUGAUGCCUCUGUGUAUCCUGUGGUAGUGAAGGUACAGACUGGCUUGUGCUUUGAUGGUAUGAAAGAUCCAGACUUUGAUGGGCAAAUCACCAAAGAAUAUAUAUUAGAAGAUAUGUUAAAACUACUGUUCCCACCAUGCACCAGUGAGAACAGUUCACAAAGUGCUGAGGAUGCAACUAUAAUCAAGUCCGGAGGCUGUGAGAGAAGCAACGGUCUGUGUGUGGCCGCAGAUGAACUGCAGAUCCUGCUUCAGUUCUAUGAGCAGCUGACAAGACCUGGGAGCUUUGAUAUGCUGUUCCCCAGAUCAUCUCAUUUCUCAGAUCUUCAGCAUGAUCUCAUUCAACGAUUCCCUGGUGCAGCGCACUCUGGGAUGGGAGCAGGUCUCAUGGUCCUACUUGAAGGACUCAGCUCAUCCUACACCCUGAGAAUCCCCACGGAGAGCAAAGAUGAUUCAGCUAGCCUGGGUCACAAGAAGUGGAGUCCAGACCCAUCGGAGUCAGAGCGGUGUGCGGAACCUCAUCUCCGGCAGAUCUACACGGACCCUCCCCUGCUGCUGACGCCGCCCUUUAAGCCCUGGGUGAAGGAGUAUCACUCCGAGGUUCCAUUUGACAUCAUCACAAUCCGGAUCCGACCAGAACCCACGAGCAUGCACUGCCGUGUUCGCCUGGAUGACCACAAUGGACCCAGAAUGGCCAACUACCCCAUCGGCCUUGGCAACAGCCGAAUCAACAUUCUGGUGAUGGACGAAUCAGGGAUGGAGCCCGUUGUCAUAACGAUAUACACACUGCACAUAUUCCGGGAGAGCCGGCCCAGUCUGCCAAUGUUUGACGAGUAUGUGAUGUGUGGCUUCAUACAGGACUGCGGCCUGGUGGUCAGACCUAAUCAGCCGUGUGGUCUGGAGCCUGCUCUUGGUCUUGGGUCUUCAGGUAAACCCCAGGCUGCACAGCCUUGCCCUUCAGGAGAUCAGCCCGGGCGAUGGGUGGUACCGUGCCUAAGCUGUUCAGACAACAGGACAUGUGAUUGGAGGGAGGUUACCUGGCAACCGGAUUACUGUUACCACCCUCUGCUGAAGCAGCCCCAGCUGCAGAAAUGCAUGAUGGACAGGAAGGUCCUUUUCAUCGGAGACUCCACCAACCGGGGCAUGAUGUACUACCUGAUGGAGCGAGUGAACACCACACUGGAAGACUGGGACAAGGCUCAUGACACCAUUGUCUACCACAAUGUGAACCAGGGCAGGACGUUGAUCAGCUACUCCUACUACCCACAGUUCUGGCUACACACGAGCCAGAGGCCCACCUUCCAAACAGCUUUGCAACAGCUCAUAGAGAGGUCACGACCUCUGGAAAACUCCCCUCAGACAGUGCUGGUUGCUGGAGGGGUCCAGUGGUUCAGUCUGGAGCAUCUGAAGACCAUACAGCAGGUCCUGCAGAGAGAGAGGCUACAGAAGAUUGUGGUGGUGGUGAAGUCUUUGGGAUUGGGUUUUCAUCUCCCAGUAGAUGGUAUUCACUCCCUCUCUCUGACUGGUUUGCAGAAACUCGACAGUGUGAACAAGAACAUUCUGGACAGUGCAAAGCGCUUCGGCUAUGAAGUGGUCGACACGUUCAGCAUCACCAUGGGCCGCUACAAAGAGUUCCUUCAGGGCCGCUGUGUGUGUCAUUUCCACGAGGUUGGUAAGCCAUCGUUGCCCACAGUGCCGGCCCACAGGUGGCAUGCAAGAGAGAGUCUGGGCGGGGUCAGUGUGGGCGGGACCAGCGUGCAGCAGGCAGGGGAUUGGGCACAGCGCAGCGUGUCCUACCACGUGAUGGGGGCAGUGAACCAGGUUUACUCUGAGAUCCUGCUCAGCAGAGUGUGUGCGUCUUAUGUACGUAACGCCAACACAUAUCAGCACGUACACAGACUGAGCUAGCUGCUUAAGAUGGAAAAGUGUGUGUGUGUGUGUGUGUGUGUCUGUCCAGUGGAAAAGUGCAUGUCUAGUAUGUAUAUAAAUGUAUGUAAUGAAAUCACUCUCUGUUUUGUGACUUCAGUUCAGUCAUAGUGCUCAGUAGCAAAAAUGCUUGUGUGUGUGUGUGUGUGUGUGUGUGUGUGUUGAGGGGUCCAAAACUGCAGCUCAAAACUAACUGUGAGGCAGUGGCUGCCCAGGCUGCUCAAACAGCCGAGCAGAAACCUUUCCUCGACGUUCCCACAACGCUGACUCUGGCAUGUCACAGGCUGCACCAGGAUGCUUUUGGGACGUUUUCACGCCGCCUUUGAUGUCAUACAGCAGCAGCAUCACUGUCACUUCAGUGAAAGGCCUGGUGACUUUCUGAACCUCCUUGACAAGCGUUGAGCUCCUUUUAUGCCAAAGGUCUUAUGAUUGCUAUAUUUUUAUGACUUAGGUAUUCUAAGGUGUACCUCACAUUUCUAUAGUUUAUAUAUUUUUCUACAAAUGCGGUUUAUUUCCUUGCUUUUGAUGGCAGUGUAAUCAGUGUAAAAUAUUUUGCACAUGCUGUUUAUAAAAAAGACGUAUUGUUUCAGGUUAUGGAUUUGAAUUUUUGAUCUUAUGAAUUUUUUCUACUCUUACUCGGGAAUGCUGAAAUGUAUCACCUUAUUUUCCGCAUAAUCUACAUUAAACAUGGAGUCUGUGGAUCUAGAGAGAGGUUUCUGUGAGUAAAUAAAUAUGCCACAGCACG